AUGGCGGCAGAGCAAUUCCAGGCGCAGGCGGCCGUGCUGCCGGGCCAGCAGCGCACCCAGCUGUUCAAGGAUGUUUCAAUACACUGCAAUGGAUUCACCAACCCCAGCCACGCAGAGCUGAAGCAGCUGAUGGCUCUGCACUCUGGCCGAUUCGAGGUCUACUACAGCCGCAACACAGUCACCCACGUCAUAUGCUCCAAUCUGCCAGACGCCAAGGUGAAGCAGCUGCAGAAGGAGCGCAGUCCCACGCCCGUGGUGCGCCCAGAGUGGAUCGUGGACAGCAUCAAGGCGGGACGUGUGCUGCCGAUUGAGGACUAUGUGCUGUGGCAGCUGCGCGAUGCCCCCGGACAGCAGAAGCUCAAGGCCUUCAUGCAGGUCCAGCCUGCGGAGCUGCCGCCCAGUGCCAUUUAUGGAGGCCAUGCGGGGGCUGUGGGCAGCGCUGUGGAGCAGCUGCAAGCCGUGGCAGCACCAGCAGCCACUCCUGAUGGGCUUUUACCUGCCGGUGCAACAUCAACGGCAGCGGGAGCAGCAUUAGAUGGGCACCCAGGAUCACCUACAUUCAGCUUUGAUGUGCGGACGCAGCAGCAAAGGAUUCCGCCCCCAGACUUUCAGCAGGAGCUGUUCCAACAAAGCCUACAGCAGCAGCAGCAGCAGCAGCCUGCAGCUGAGUUGACAUUUGAAGGGGACAAAUCAGGCCUGCGCUACUCCCAUGCGGGCUACGACGCUGAGGAGAUGCAGAGGGCGCAGCAGAUUGCCAGCAAGAUGCGCGCAGAGUGCGACAUGCUCAAGGGUCCUCCCCGGUCCUCCAAGGACGACCCCAAGUUUGUGGACUCAUAUUUCCGGGCCAGUCGUCUGCACUACAUUGGAACAUACAAGUCUCGCAUUGAGGCGCUGAUGGCAUCCAGCGCCGGCUCUGAGGGGCCAAGCCCCGCACCACACGCGCCCGGCCGCCAGCGCACCAUCGUGCACCUGGACAUGGAUUGCUUCUUUGCUGCAGUUGCAGAGGCCGAGAAUCCAGUGUUCAAGGGCAAGCCGCUGGCGGUGUGCCACUCUGCCAGCAGCCGGGGCACGGGCGAGGUGUCCACCUCCAACUACGAGGCUCGCAAGUAUGGGGUUCGGUCGGGCAUGAUGAUCAGCCAGGCCAAGGAGCUGUGCCCCCAGCUGGUCGUGGUGCCCUACCUGUUUGAGCAGUACGCGUCAGUUAGUGAGAAGCGCACCGCCUGCGUGCAGCCCCUGAGCUGUGAUGAGGCGUACCUGGACAUCACAGGUCUGGGCGACCCGCUGCAGCUGGCAGCAGAGAUACGGGCCGAGAUCGAGGCCACCACAGGCUGCACAGCCAGUGCUGGCGUUGGCCCUAACCUUCUGCUCGCCCGCAUUGCCACCGAGAGCGCUAAGCCCAAUGGGCAGAUGAUGGGUCUGGACGUCAGCAAGCUCCCGGGCGUGGGCUGGGCAACUGGAAAGCGUCUGGCGGAGCAUGACAUUCAUUCGGUGGCAGAUGUGCAGGCUCGGUCAAAACAGUUCCUUCAGAUGCAGCUGGGUGCACAACAGGGCGCCAUGCUGCAGGUGGAGCCUCCGCGGGCGCGCAAGUCUGUGGGCGCGGAGGUCAACUGGGCUGUGGAGGUCCAGGAUCGACUGGGGCAAGCGGGGGCAAAGGGCCGCACCCUCACGCUCAAGCUCAUGCGUCGCAAGCCGGGAGCCCCGGAGCCGGUCAAGCACAUGGGGCAUGGAAUUUGUGACAACCUCUCGCGCUCAGUUACCCUGGCAAGCGCCACCGACAGCAGCAAGGAGAUUGCCAGCCACUGCUGGCAGCUGUUGUGCGCGCUCAAGGUCCCAUUUGCAGACAUUCGGGGCAUGGGCAUUACGGUGACUCGCCUGAAUACCGACAUUGCCUCUUCCUCGGUGCGACCGGGCGCUGCGCUGCCUGCCAGGCUUGCACCCGCGGCGGCUGGCCAGCGGGAUGCCUUUGUAGCCUUCUUCAAGAAGGAUCAGCCGUCGCAGGUCUCACCACAGCAGGCUCAGCAGGGCCACAUGGGCGAGGAGGAACAACAGCACCACCAGCAACAGCGGGAACAGCAGCAGCAGCAGCAACACAAGCAGGAUCAAGCUUUGGGAGGGAACCUUCCACCUCGGCAGCAGCAGGAUGUUGGCCAGCAACAAGUCGUCCAACAGCAGAUGGAGCUGGCACACAGCAUACCACGGCCGCAGGCCUUGGCUGCAUCCCCCGGCAGCGCCAAGAAGAGCCCGGACAGCGCCAGGCAGGCACGUCUGGAGACUGUACUGCCGCGCCAGGCGGCGGCCAGCCCGGCUGCAGAGGAUGCAGAGAGGCGGCAGCAGCUGCUGCACGAGUGGCAAGGCGUGUCACUAUCCCAGAUGGAUGCUUCCGUGCUGGAUGCGCUGCCGUGGUCUGUCCGCAAGGAGCUCAUUGAAGCCGCGGCACAAAGAAAUGCGCACCACUUUCAAGAGCGGCAGAAGCAAGUGGACCGCUCAGUGCUGGAUGCGUUGCCGCUGUUGCUGCGCCGGGAGCUGGAGCACGCCUAUGGCAUUGGCCGGGCCAGGAGGCGGCUGCCACCUGCCGGCCCCGCUGGCCGCCGUGGAGAUAAAGCCGGCCAUCAUGGCGGUGCUGGGUCUGGCGGCUUGCUGCGCCACGUCAGCAAGCGCCAGCGCAUCGACUCCUUUGUGUCCAACCCUCCACCCCUGGGCAUCACUGGCAGCGGCCGAGCCCUGGCUGCAGCAGCAGCAGCCCGUCGUGAGCAGCAGAUGUCUCUGUCUCAGGUGGACCCCUCUGUGCUGGCGGAGCUGCCGCCGGAAGUGCGGCACGAGGUGGUUCAGCAACUGCAGCAAGAUGACAGCAAGCAGCACACGCGGCGGCAGCACCGCUCCCGCCUGGGCCAGCAGCACGACGAGGAGCGGGCAUGGCAGCAGCGGUGGGAGGAGGAGCGGCAGCAGCAGGGGCUGGAGGAGGCGGAGCUGGCGGCUGUGGCCGGGGGAACUGUCUGUGGGCUGGUGUCUCGGGGCAUGAAUGGGGCAGGCCUGGAGCGGCAGCAGGUGGAUGCAGAUUUGGAGCAGCUGCCGGACGCGGUUCAGCAGUUUCUGCAGGCGGCAGAUGUGGUGGUAGCGGAAGCCAGGCCCAACCCUGCCAGCAGCCUGGCGGCUGCACUGGCAGAGUGCUUGCAGCAGCUACCGGCGCAGCUUGAUGGGGAUGGCGACGGCGUGCCUGCACCCCGUCUACGCUCUCCCUCGCCAUCGCAAGAGCCAGGUAGCAGAAGUAGGGGGAGCAGGGACGCACCUCCAGGCAGCAGCGGUGGCAGCAGCAGCAUGGAUGUGGACGUGCCUCCCACGCAGCUGGUGGGUGUGGACGGUCACGAGGUGGUUCCAGCUGAAGAGGCAGCAGCGCCACCACUUGCAGGCAGCGACCGCCUGCAGCCCUCACCCCAGCUGCCCAGCCUGCAGCAAGAUGGUGUGCAGGCUGUGCAGCGGCAGGCGAAGUGCAGGGAGGGCUCCCAUCCGAUUGGCAGUGGCGCCAGCAGCAGCCCACCUGGCUCCGGCUUCCAUCGCCCCAGGGUGCAGCAGGGCGUGCAGGCGCUGGGCAGCAGCAUACAGCAUGCAGCAGCGGCCCUCCUAGCAAACCGGGACCUUGAGCAGCUUCGCCUGCUUCUACUGGCCGUGCGGCGCUUGGCGCAACGGCACGUUUGGUUUGCCACCACUGGUGGCGCGGCGGUGGACGCGGCACAGGCCCGCGUGCAGGAGGUGUAUGGCUGGCGGCUGCGCCUGGAGGGGCUGGAUCUCAGCAGAUGA